UAGCAAUCCUCCUGCCUCAACCUCCUCAUAGCUGCUGGGAUUAGAGGUAUGCAUCACCACAUGCAACACAAGACAUGGUAAUGCUGUUUUGCCUAGGCUGGUGUGGAACUUCCAUCUCAGCCUCCAGAACAACUGAGGCUAUGGGCACAGGCGACAAUCUCUGGCUGUGGUCAUUUUUCCUUUUUUUGAAAUGAAGUGCUGGGAUUAAAGGUGUGCACCACUUCCCAGGCCUAGGCCAUGUAUCCUUUUCCUGUGGCUCAUACCCGAAAGGUGAUAGCACUACAGUAGAAAGACCUCCAUCCCCAAAGGUUCACCAUCAGAGCCUCCAUCUCUGCUCACUUCUGCCUCCCCUCUGAUUCUGCCCUAGUUGUUCCACGUAGCAAAUGAUGUGAGCGGCAAGUCCAGAAAUCGGCUGCAGUUCAUUGUGUCUACCCCUUGUCCGGUCAUCAGCAGUGAGGGGAGAUGGGGAAAGUUCCUGUUCAUGAUCCCCCUCUGAGGAGGUAGGAUCUUUACACUAUGACAUGGGCACUGGCCCAACAGACGUAACAGCUGACUUUCUGCAACACAGGACAAACCCAGGCUUGCAGAAACAAAACAGUUCCCAGAGGGAUGAAUGUUGAGCUGGAACUCACCAGAAAUGUGUUCGGAAAAGGUAAUGAAUGAAAGUUCAAGUACGGCAAAGAGGGAUAAGGAGUGGGAGAGCACUAGACAAGGGGGCUGAGCAGGCAGGUGGGCAAGACUCAGACUUGCAGGCCUGGAAGGCCUUGUGAGGUACUGCAGACUGCCUCCUGAGAGCUGUCAGGAGCCAUGAUGAGGUCAAGUGGUUGACAGAUUAGCACACUCGCAGGCAAUUCUCCCAUGGAAAAUAGAAGGGAAGUUAGAGAUUUCCGGGAUAAACCAGAAGGCUACUGCAGGAUAGGAAGAGAUAGUGCCCUGGCCUGGGCAGUGGGGGAUGGAGAUGUGAAAGAAAGCAGAGUUAAUUCAGCAAGCCUCGAUAAUGGGGGAGUCCGAAGAAGGCAGUAGCACUGGGAGUAUUCAGAGUCAUCAGGUAAAUGAGUAGCUGUGGACAACAGAGGAGGAGUGCUAUUUCUCUGUGGGUUUGUUUGUUUGGAGAAAAAGUCUCAGGAUACAGCCCAGGCUGGCCCUGAACUCAUGCUCUUCCUGCCUCUGCUUCCCAAGGUCUAGGAGUGUAGACAGUUCUGCAUCUUCAUGGCUGGCAGAUGAAGCGAUUCAGAUAAUGAAGUUGUUCAUUGGUAUUUUGGAGUUUUGGUUUUCGUUGCUUUGUUUUGUUUUUUGUUGUUGUGUUCAUGAGAAGGGUCUUCCUUUGUAGCCCAGAGAUGGCUUCAAACUCAUGAUCUUCCUGAGCCUCUCAAAUGAGGUACACUGUUUCUGUACUUGUGGAAUAUAUAAGAAGAGAGGUCGGAGAGACAAUCAGACCUAAGGAUCUUGGCCUCAGGGAAAAGGGUCUAGACCAGGGAUAAAAACAUGAGUCUGGGGCAGAGGUGAUUAAAGGCACAGCAAAGUAUGUUCCAGGUGUUUAUGGAGUAUAUGUUAGGAAAGCCCAAGAAUGCUCUGAAAACAGGUUUACUGCUGCAGAAAGGGAGAGGAAGAGGGAGCCACAGAGAAGGCUGAGAAGGACCAACCACACAAGCAAGAGGAAAACCAAGCAAAUGGGUGUCAUUCGUCAUGUCCCCAGAGGGACGAGCCCAGGGUCCUCUAUCUUUUUCCUGCUCUUGGCCUGGCUCUCCUUGGAGCUGGAAGAGAGAAGGACCCAGUCAUAGCCUGGAAGAAGCUCCGUGCCUUCAGAGGUCUUUCUGCCUGACUGUUCCUAUGGCUCUCUUCAUCCUGCUGUUCCUGCUGCCAAGCCCCUCACAUUCCCAUCCCACUUGUGAUGUCUCCAAAGUGACCAGCCUGCUGGAAGUGAACUGUGAGAACCAGGGGCUGACCGCAUUGCCCGCAGACCUGCCAGCAGACACAGGCAUCCUCCACAUGGGCAAGAACAAGCUGGGUGCCUUCUCCACAGCAUCCCUGGCGCAUUUCACUCACCUCACUCAGCUGGACCUGGAUGAAUGUGAGCUGACCAGCCUGCAGACUGAUGAGAAACUGUCGAAGCUGGAUAACCUGAAAUUAUCCCACAAUAAUCUGCGAAGUCUGCCCUCCCUAGGACGGGCUCUGCCUUCACUCACUAUCCUUGAUAUCUCCUUCAACCAGUUGGAAUCGCUGUCUCCUGGUGUCCUGGAAGGUCUAAGCCAACUCCAGGAGCUCUACCUGCAGAACAAUAGUCUGAGGAGUCUGUCCCCUGGACUCUUCAUGUUCACCACCAAGCUGAACAAACUCAAUCUGGCCAACAACAAACUGCGUGAGCUACCCCCUGGGCUCCUAGAUGGGUUGGAAGAUCUUGACACCCUCUACCUUCAAGGGAACUGGCUUCGUACAAUCCCAAAGGGCUUCUUUGGGACCCUCCUCUUGCCUUUUGUUUUCCUCCAUGGCAACACCUGGUAUUGUGAUUGUGAUAUCCUCUACUUCCGCAACUGGCUCCAGCAAAAUUCCAACAAUGUCUACUUAUGGAAGAAGGGUGUGGAUGUCAAAGCCAUGACCCCUAAUGUGGCCAGUGUACGAUGUGCCAAUUUGCGCUCUGCACCUGUCUACUCCUACCCAGGGAAGGGCUGCCCUGUCAGUGGGGAUAGGGAUAUAGACUAUGAUGACUAUGAUAGUUUCUCUGAUGUACCUGCUACAAGGGCUGAGGUCAAGUUCUCUACUAACACCAAAGCCCAUACUACCCACAGGGGCCUACUCUUGGAGUCUCCUACAUCUCCAGACAGCCAAAUGCCUUCUUGGCCUCCAACCCACAAACCCACUAACAAACAGGACACAUCCACACACAUACAGAUCUCUCAUUUCACCACACUGCCACAGAGCAUGAAAUCCAAUGUACACACUUAUAGUCUAAAACCCAAAACUAUGCCCAUCAUCACCCCAAUCACCCUAGAGCCUACCUCUACCCUGACUAGCUCAGAGCCCAGCACCACACCAAUGCUUACCGCCUCCACUCUGACUAUUCCAGAGCCCACCGCUUCCACCCUGGCUACCCCAGAACCUAGCACCAACCCAGUGCCCACCACCUCCACCCUAACUACCCCAGAGCCCAGCAGCACUACCCCAACCACCCCCACCCUGGCUCCCCCACAGCCCAGCAACACUACCCCAACCACCCCCACCCUGGCUCCCCCACACCCCAGCAACACUACCCCAAGCACCCCCACCCUGGCUCCCCCACAGCCCAGCAGCACGACCCCAACCCCCCCAGAGCCCAGCACCAUCCCAACCACUCCAGUGUCCACCAUCACCCCAGCGUUCACUACCACCUGGGCGACUGUCCCAAAUGAGACCAGUUCAGAACUAUUCUCUACCACAGAACUCUCUUUACUCCUAGAAUCCAUCACAACGACCCCAGAGUUGAACAGCUUCCUAACUGUCCACGUGAUGGCUCAAGGGAAUUCUGACACUUUCAAAAGCGAUCCUUUUGUCAACUCUGAGUUCUGUUGUCUCCUCCCCCUGGGCUUCUAUAUUCUGGGUCUCCUCUGGCUCCUGUUUGCCUCUGUGGUGCUCAUCUUGUUGCUGAUCUGGACCUGGCACGUAAAUCCACACUCUCUGCACUUCGGCCUCUCUGCCACCUUGGCCACAAGCACACACACCACAAGUCUGGAGGUGCAGAGGGGAAGGCAAGUAACCGUGCCCCGGGCCUGGCUGCUCUUCCUUCAAGGGUCACCCCCCACUUUCCGUUCCAGCCUGUUCCUAUGGGUGAGGCCUAAUGGGCGUGUUGGGCCUCUGGUAGCAGGACGAAGGCCCUCAGCUCUGAGCCAGGGUCGUGGUCAGGACCUAUUGGGAACAGUGGGUAUUAGGUACUCAGGCCACAGUCUGUGAAGGUGAGUCCUUUGGAGAUCCUGAAACACUCAAAAGACUCUACUGGGAUCUAUGCUGGGAGUGGGGAGGUGGGGGCAGUGGUAGAUGAGACUGCCACAGGGGCAUUCUAUUUACUUCUUUAUCUGAGGCCCCCUCUUCCAUCCAGAGCUCACUAAUCAAGAGAGGCAGUGAGGUGAUGGAACCAGGUGGUCAUAGAAUCAAGUUCCCUAUGUUGCUUAGAAAAUUGCCAGGCCAUAUGGUCACUGCUACCAUUUUGGGGAAGAGCUAGAAACAGCAAAUAGAAAUGGAGCAUGGGGCACUUGAGAGGUGGCUCAGAGGUUUAGAGCACUGACUACUCUUCCAGAGGUCCUGAGUUCAAUUCCAGCACCCACAUAGCAGUUCACAAUGGUCUAUAACUCCAGUUCCAGGGGACCAAACACCCAUGGCCGAACUCCAAUGCACAUGAAAAUAAAUUAAAGAAAAAUAAGAGAUAAAAGGGAUCAAAAAUAAAAAGAAUUCAAAGUAUUAAAAAAAAAAAAAAGAAAUGGAGCAUGGUUCCCACAUGGAAGAAAACUUGGAAAGCCAUUAUCAAGACAGGAGUACUAUCCCUAGGUAUCAUGAAUUUUUUUUUUUCUGUAACACUUCUUAGUUUUCCACCAGCAUUUCCUGUAUAAUAAAAAUGUUUUUAAAAAGAAUGUAUCUUUCUUUGGGAUUUGAGAACAGCUGGAACACCUGGUACAAGAAUUCCCACGGUCCUAGCUGCCCCCACCCUGACCCCAACCACCCAACAAACCUCCAGCUGUAGCUGAGGGUGGGUAGGUGGACAUAAGGGGUACUUCCUCUACCUUCGUGAUUCUUCUGCAGGAUUUGAGGACCCCCCAGGAUACCUCAAACAUCACCUCCAGAAUAGAACAAUGCCCUAGAGCUGAGAGCCAGUGCUAAAGCCUGCCUGCCUGCAGCAGAGGUGGGUACAUUCCUCAGACCUCCAGAGCACAAGUCUGCACACUGGCCAGGUCAGGACUGGGGAAGGGUGUCAUCCUGGUGAGUUUGACUAUGAGUCUUAGGUCUGUUGCUUGCAAAGCUGGAUGUAACAGGCCCCUCCUCUCCCCCAAAUCCACUGAUUC